AUGACGGAUAGUUCAUCGGCUUCGAAUUUUGAUAAUUAUAUUAUUGAAUUACAUGAAAAUCUUGAUCGUCUUCGUGACAUGUCAGAUGUUGAUGAGCAAUCAUCAAUAAUUGUUGCUGAUCUUGCACAAGCUUAUUCUGAACAUCCAUCACCAAUGCAAACAGCUAUGUGUUUAUCAGCUUUAUUUUGUGGUCAAAAGAAUAUUCUCACAUUUCUUCGACGUUCAUCGUCAAAAACUGAAUUAAAAAAAACUAAAGUUGAAAUUUUACAAUUUCUAAAAUUUUUUGUUGAAAGUGCUGGUGUAAAAAUUUUACCACAUGCUAUUGAACUUAAAACAGUUCUAUUAACAAUUUUUAAUGUCGAUAAUGCAUCUGAUGUAAGAGCAACUAUAUUUCCUGUUUUAUCACAAUUAAUGGAAUUAAGUGCCGGUUCUUCAGAUAUGCAAAAUGAAGUUGAUAAAAUGGCUACAAUUUUUCUAGAUCAAAUUGGUCUUCAAAGUUCAAAAGCGACAGCAACAAUCAAAGGAUUGUGUUUAGCAUUUCUCGGUCUAUUAUGUAAAUUUUUUCCAGAACAUAUGAAAAAAUAUGCAGAUCCACUUUUACUUGGUCAAUAUUUGAAAUAUUUACACGAACAAUUAGUCAAAGAUGUUAAAUUUGAAAUGUUAAUUGCGGCAGGUGCAAUAGAAGGUCUUGUUAAUUAUCUUGUAAAUUUUACUCCAUCAUCAACACCUGCUAAUCCACCACCACCUAUAGUACGAAGUAAAACUAAAGAAGAUGAAAAACGUUAUAAUGAAGAACGAAUACGAUGUGAAUCAGAUUUAAAACGUAUUUAUAUUUAUGCAGCACGAGCAAUACAAACACAAGAUCAAACUAAUUUAAAUCGAUAUGCAUUAGUUAAAGCUGGUCUUGAAUUAUUUGCACAACAUUCAACAUUAUUUACUGAAUAUCUUUAUGAAGAUUAUCCUGAAAUACUUCGGUGUAUACGAGCAUGGAAUGCACAUGAUAAUUAUGAUGUAAAAAAAGUAGCUCAACGUGCAUAUGAUACAUUUUUACUUGGAGUUGCUAAUGCAUUAAAAGAAACAAAUGUUAAAACACCAGAAGAACGUCGUCGUGCUGUACAAGUUUUUCAAUAUUUUAUUAAAGAAUUUCGAGAUAAAAUUGAUACACCAGAAUUAGAAAUUCGAGAUUUGGCAAUGGGAAUUCGUGGUUAUGGAAUUUUUGCUAAUGCUUGUAAACUUUAUGGUACAGAAGAAGAUAUUAAAUUUAUGUUUGUUGGUCUUAUUCAACGUUGUGAACAAAUAGCAAUGCCAACAGUAACAUUAUCACAAGCAAUGGAUAUAUUUGAUGAACGUUUUUAUGGAUUACCUAAUUUAAUUGAUGCACUUUCAGCUAUUAUUAUUGAAAUGACAAAUGUAAAAAUAAAGAAACGUUAA